AUGAAUAAUCAAAAUAUGAACAAAAAAAAGGUUACGUUUAACAAUGAUGUUACAUACGAAAAUUCAGACCGCAAUGAAAAACACGAGUAUGUAGAGAGUCCUUUUUUUUUCAAAAGAGAAGAAAAUAUAAAUAGUCAUGAGGAAGAAGAAUUACAAGAGAUGCUAAGACAUUUCAAUCCUUUAGAUUUUGGUAUUAAAGAAAAAUUAAGUGAAAGUGAGAAAAAAAUUUUAGUAAAAGAAAUUAUGGGUAGAACAAAAAAGUCUCAUAUGAAGAAUAAUGAUAUGUUAAAUGAGGAAAAGAAAUCAUGUCAAAAUGCAAAAGAAAGGAAAAAGAAAGAUAUUUUUAUACAUGAUAAUGUAAAUAUUGAACAACUACAAAAUGGAAAUAUAAUAAAUGAGAAUCAUAUUGUUAAGAAGGAAAUAAAUGAAGAAGAUCAAAAUGGAAGCAAUAGUAAAGAAAAUGAAAAAAAAAAAAAAAAAAAAAAAAAAAAAAAAAAAAAAAAAAAAAAAAAAAAAAAAAAAAAAAAAAAAAAAAAAACAAAAAAUGAUGACAAAAUAAAAGAUAAUGACAAAAUAAAUGAUAAUGACAAAAUAAAAGAUAAUGACAAAAUAAAUGAUAAUGACAAAAUAAAUGAUAAUGACAAAAUAAAUGAUAAUGACAAAAUAAAUGAUAAUGGCAAAAAAAAAUAUAAUGACAAAAAAAAAUAUAAUGACAAAAAAAAUGAAUUGUCAUAUUUAGAUGGAGAUUGUUAUUUUCCAAAUGAUGGAUAUGAUUAUGAACAACAUUUAAAACCAAUAAGUAAAAAUUUUAUAGAAGUAAAAAAUAAAACUGCACAAAAUUUUUUUGAAAUACAACCAAAUAAUGAAGAAGAAAAAGAAUUGUUUAAAACAUUUGAUAUGGAUAAUUAUGAAGAAUUAAAUGAUAAUUUUGUAUGUGAAGCUCAAAAUGUAGAAGAAGUAGAAGAAUUAAAGGUUGAUAAAAAAUUAAUUUGGGGUAACGUAGAGCCAUUUUUAUAUAUACCCAGUAAUGAUUAUAUGGAUGAUGAAGAUAAUAUAAAAAAUUACAUAAAUGAUAACAUAAAUGAUGAUACAAAUGAUAACAUAAAUGAUAAUAGAAAUGAUAACAUACACGAUAAUACAAAUAAUCAUAUAAUUAAAAAUUAUAAUAAUGAGAAUCAAAUUAUUUUUGAUGAAAAAUUAAACGACAUGAAUUUAUACAACAAUCAAGAUGUUUCUACAAAAAUAAAUAAAAAAAAUUAUGAUGAAAAUGAAAUUGAUGAAAAUAAUAUGGACAGCAUAAAAUUUAGUGAUCUGGUUGAAUAUCAACUGAGAAAUAAAUCUAAUCCUGUCAAUGAUAUAAAAAGAAUUAUUAAAAAAAAAAAAAAAGGAAAAAAUGCUAAAUUGAAACUUGAUGAUAUUAUUGUUAAUAUAAAUGAUGAGGACAAGAAAAAAAUUAUGCAAAUUGUAAAUUUACAACAUGAAGAAAUAAAAAAUAAAACAAAAUAUUCAUUAGAAGGUAAAGAUAAAAAUUAUCGAAAUGAAAAUGAAAUAGAAGAAGAAGAAGAAGGAGGAGGUAAUUAUUAUGAUGAUGAAGACAUCUAUUCCGAAACAUCUGAACAUUCUUCAUCCUUAAGCUAUGAUUGUGAAACAGUUUUAACAACAAAAACAAAUACAACUAAUCAUCCAUAUAAAUUAACUAUACCCAAACAAAUUAAACCAACAUCCUUAUUACUUAAUUUGCAAAAAAAUAAUAAUAAUCAAAAAAAAAAUGAAAAUGAAAAUAAAAAAAAAAAUGAUGACAACAAAUUGGAGCGUUAUAUGAUAUUAGAGAGGAUAAAAACUACGAGGGAUAAAAACGAAACGUUAGAAGAAAAAAAGGAAAGGAAAAAAGCUGUUAAGGAGGCACAACGUUUAAAUAGAAAAUUGAAAAAAGAAAACUCUCUACUAAUGAAACAUGAGAAAAAGUUAAUGGACAAAAAUAUUAACCCUUUCGAUAUAAGAGAUAAUGUGAAAUACAUUAAACUCUGA